GGAACAACAUUGGGGUAUUAAUAGGAAAAGUAAGUGAUAAAAUUCCAUUGAAAUCGGAGGAAAGGUUAAAAAAAUAGUAAAAGGAAACAAAAAACAAUGCUAUGCAUGAUUUCUAUGGUGAAUUGGUAGUAACUCUCCAAAGAGGAGGGUUGCUGAUUUCAACAAGAAGAUGAAGCCUCCUGCUCCAGGGACAGGCUGCUGCUUCCCUCCUAUCUUUGGCAAGUCCCGCAGUCGCUCCGGAAGCUUCCGUCUUGUUUCUAAUCCCUCUCUUGAGUCGUCAUCAAGUAGAAGUAGUGGGAGAGAGAGGUCAUCAUCAUGGUCACGUGGGAGAAGAGAUAGUAGCCGGCAUCAGCAGCAGCAUCAAAAAGCAGCAAUGGUUGUGUGCUUUGGAGAGAUGAUGGUAAAUUUGGUGCCAACAGAGAGUGGAGUGUCCCUUGCUGAUGCUGUUGAAUAUAAGAAAUCCCCUGCUGGUUCUACUGCCAAUGUUGCUAUUGCAAUUUCCAGACUCGGUGCUUCUUCUGCUUUCAUUGGCAAGGUCGGAAAUGACGAAUUUGGGUAUAUGCUAAGUGAUAUUCUGAUGCAAAAUGGUGUUGACAAUUCUGGGCUUCUGUUUGAUGAAUAUGCAAGGACAAUGCUGGCAUUUUAUGCACUCAAGAGUGAUGGUGAGCCUCAGUUCUUGUUUUAUAGACACCCAAGUGCUGAUAUGCUUAUUCGACCUGAAGAACUUGAUGUCAGGCUUAUUAAGAAGGCAACAAUAUUUCAUUACAGUUCAUUUAGCUUAGUGAUGGAGCCUUCAAAGUCAUCACACCUUGCAGCAAUGAAUUUGGCCAAAAUGUGUGGCUGUCUCCUUUCUUAUGCCCCAAAUUUGACAUUGCCAAUAUGGCCAUCUUCACAGGCAGCUAGAGAAGGCAUCUUCAAUAUUUGGAACUUCGCUGACAUUAUUAAGCUAAAUUCGGAAGAAGUUCGGUUCUUGAGUGAAGGUGAUGACCCUUACGAUGACCAAGUUAUUAUGAACAAACUCUUCCACCCUCAUCUCAAGCUUCUGCUUGUCACUGAAGGACCACGUGGCUGUAGAUACUACACUCGGGACUAUAAAGGUUGGGUUCGUGGGUUUGAAGUGGAAGUAGUUGACACAGAUGGCGCAGAUGAUGCUUUUCUGGCUGGAUUAUUGAGCAUUCUUUCUGCACGCAAAUAUAUUUAUAAGGAUGAGAGAAAGUUGAGGGAAGCUCUUGCAUUUGCAAAUGCAAGUGCUGCUGUCACAAUGACAAGGAGAGAGGCCAUACCUUCACUCCCAACAAAAGAUGCUGUCAUUAGACUUCUGCUCCCAUUUUAAUUAAUGAGCAUAGAAAUUAAAGAAGAACUUGUAUUAAUUAUUAUCAUUUUUAUCAAACUAUACUAUGUGCAGCCCAAAAUCAUCAAAGAUUCAAUUCUUGCCACCAAACUAAGACUUGUUCU